AUGUGGAGGGGGGUUAGGCAAGGAGACCCUUUGUCACCAUAUCUUUUUAUCACAGUAAUGAAAGGGCUUAAUAUAUCAAUGAAAUCGGCAUGUGAGAAAGGUCUAUUCAAAGGCAUCAAAAUACCACAUGAUGAUAUCAUCAUUUCUAACCUCUUUUAUGUGGACGACGCACUAUUUAUAGGCGAAUGGAGUAAGGAGAACAUAAAAAAUCUUGCGAGGAUACUUAGAUGCUUCCAGGUCUCAUCGAGACUAAAAGUUAACUUCCACAAAUCCCGAGUGUUUGGUGUUGGGGUCGAUAUGCAAGAGAUCUCUCAGUUCGCGUUCCAUUUAGGUUGUGAACUUGCCAAGCUGCCAUUCAUAUAUUUCGGGGUCCGGAUUGGUGCAAACAUGAAUCAAAAUAAGCACUGGAAGCCAAUGAUCGAUCAGUUUCAGACAAAGCUUAGUGCAUGGAAAGCGAAAACUCUAUCUCUUAGGGAGGCUAAUGCUAACUAA